GCCUUUUAAACUUUCAGCUAACAACCCCCCUUGACUUUGCAGUUUGCAUUCCUCUCACUAGAAGUGUUGGUGCUGGAGCUGGCAAGUUGUGGAAAUGGAGAAUCGAAACACAAGUGAUAAUAAAACGUUUGAGAAGUUCACAUGGACAAUUAAGAACUUCUCUAAAUUGAAGUCUAAGAACCUGUACUCUGAGAAUUUCAUCCUCAGUGGCCAUCAAUGGCGGAUUCUUAUCUUUCCAAAGGGAAACAGUGUGGACUUCUUGUCAAUUUAUUUGGAUGCUGGGGAUAUUGCUAUUUUGCCUUAUGGUUGGAGCAAAAUUACAAAGUUCAAGUUCGCUCUAAUUAAUCAGGUCAAUGAACAAAUGACAAUAACAAAAGAAACUGAACACCAGUUCAGUGCACGAGAGAUUGACUGGGGCUUCACAUCAUUCAUACCUUUAGUUGAACUAUAUGAUUCUAGCAGUGGGUUUAUCGUGAAUGAUACUUGUAUAAUCGAGGCUGAGGUUUUUGUCACCAAGUCAGAACAUGAGAAUCAAGUAGAUCAAGCUGUUAACAAGAAUGAUAUUUCAGCAGAGUCUGCACAAGUUUGUGUUGAGACCAUUGAGCAUACUGGUAAUCCUUUAGGCAAGGAAAUGUGUUCAGCCUCAUUUGGUGAGCUCAUGGAUUUCAGGGGUUUGGGGAAAAUAGAGAAAGCUUUUGUUCCACUACUUGAGGAAGUAUGUUCAAGGCAUCCCUCACUUAUUGAAUGCCAGCAGAAGAGAAGUAGUAGGUUUGCUGAAUGGGCAUUCACAGCUUUGGGUCGAGUCUUACAUUUUCUCAAGACUAAAAAGGUGAAAGAUAUGGACGAUGAUGCUUGUGAGCAUCUUCAAAUUUUAUGGGAGGAACUUGAGACAUUUAGAUUUGAUUUGACCUGGCUAGAACCCCAUGUUCAAUCUGCUUUAAGUAUGAAAAGUUAUAUUGAGAGAGCUGGGCAGGUGAAAAAGAUGAAACAGAAUGUGGCUGCUCUAGAGAUGGAAAUAAAGAGGCUGAAGGUAAAGAUGGCUGCUGCUGAGGUAGAUAUUGAAAUAGCAACAAGAGACUUGGUGGAAGCAGAAGAAGGCUUCGAAGAGAAAGAUUUGGAUGCUGAACUAGGAUAUGGGGGACCGUAGACUUGUGUCACUUAUUUAAGAAUUCAGUGUAUUUAUGCAAUCGAGGAAUUGUGUAUUUGUAAAUGAUUGAAUAUGCAUCCAGACAUUGAUGGUUCCAUUGACUGAAAUGGUUUAUCUUAAAUUGUAUAUGACAAUGUUAUUAUGCUAA